GGAAGAGUAGAAAGGGGGCGGAGAAGUUUGCCGGACUCUUCAAAUGUUUUGAGAGAGAUUUGUUUUUCUGAUCGGGAUCUAAUCUACUAAGGCUGAACAGAGUGUCUAGGGUUUGAGAUCCAGAAGAUGAAGGCGGUUCCUUUAGGGCUUGCUGCGGCUUUGCUUGUUUUUUGUCUUUCACUUGCUCAGCUCCGAGCAUCGGACGACGAGAUCUUGUACGAGUCCUUCGACGAGAGCUUUGAAGGACGCUGGAUCGUGUCCGAGAAGGAUGAUUAUCAAGGUGUCUGGAAGCAUUCUACGAGUGAGGGACAUGAAGAUUACGGACUAUUAGUGAGUCAGAAGGCGAGGAAAUACGCCAUUGUUAAAGAGCUCGAUGAGCCAGUGAGUCUGAAGGACGGAACUGUGGUUCUCCAGUUCGAGACUCGCCUACAAAAUGGGCUUGAAUGUGGUGGUGCCUAUCUGAAAUACUUACGGCCCCAAGAUGCUGGAUGGAAAGCUAAGGAAUUCGAUAAUGAAUCUCCUUACUCCAUCAUGUUUGGACCUGACAAGUGCGGGGCCACGAACAAGGUGCACUUCAUCUUGAAGCAUAAGAACCCCAAGACUGGAGAGUACGUUGAGCAUCAUCUAAAGAACCCUCCUUCCGUUCCAUCUGACAAAUUGUCUCAUGUUUACACCGCCAUUUUUGAAUCUGGCAAUAAUGUGCGAAUUCUCAUUGAUGGGAGUGAGAAGAAGAAAGCCAAUUUCCUUUCCGAGGAUGAUUUUGAGCCUCCUCUAAUCCCUGCCAAGACGAUUCCUGAUCCAGACGACAAGAAGCCAGAGGACUGGGAUGAGAGAGCGAAAAUUCCUGAUCCUCUUGCAGUUAAGCCAGAUGACUGGGAUGAGGAUGCUCCAGUGGAAAUUGAAGAUGAGGAAGCUGAAAAGCCUGAAGGAUGGUUAGAUGAUGAACCCGAAGAGAUAGAUGAUCCUGAUGCCACCAAACCAGAAGACUGGGAUGAUGAAGAGGAUGGUGAAUGGGAGGCACCCAAGAUUGAUAACCCGAGAUGUGAGAUAUCUCCUGGCUGUGGUGAAUGGAAGAGACCAAUGAAGAGUAAUCCCGAAUACAAGGGUAAGUGGCACGCCUCAGAAAUCGACAAUCCUAACUACAAGGGAAUUUGGAAGCCUAGGCAGAUUCCUAACCCCAGCUACUUUGAAAUUGAAAAACCUGACUUCGAUCCCGUGGCUGCAAUUGGAAUUGAGAUCUGGACGAUGCAAGAUGGUAUCUUGUUUGACAAUAUUUUGAUCGCCAAAGAUGAGAAAAUUGCAAGUUCAUACCGUGAUACCAAAUGGAAGCCAAAGUUUGAAGUCGAGAAAGAGAAGCAGAAGGCCGAGGAAGCUGCUGCUGCUGGUUCAGAUGGGCUUGCAGUAUACCAGAAGAAAGUAUUCGAUGUCCUAUACAAGAUUGCCGACAUUCCCUUCCUAAGUCAAUACAAGUCAAAAAUACUUGAUGUCAUUGAAAAGGGAGAGAAGCAACCAAAUCUCACCAUUGGCAUCAUCGUCUCCGUAUUGGUGGUUUUCUUCACCGUAUUAUUGAGAUUAGUCUUCGGAGGGAAGAAACAACCGGUUCCGGUGCCGGUGCCGGCAAAAAGAGAAGAGAAGAGCGGAGGUGCUGCAGCAGAGAGUUCCAAGGAUCAAAGUAGCAGUGGAGAGAAGGAUGGAGAAGAGAAGGAAGAGGCUGCUGCUGCGCCCGCUCGUCGAAGGUCUGGCGCUAGGCGAGAUAAUUAGAAGGAAAAGAAUCGAGUCUUUUGCAAUUUAUGGUUCUGAAUGAAGAAGUUGAAAGAAACUAGUUGUGAUUGUACGCUGAUUCUUGAUUUUUUUUUUCCGUCGCUUGAGGUAGUCUUUUAAGUAUACUAUUUUGAUGUUUAGAUAAUGAGAUGUUGUGCCGGGUCGUGAAACUUUGGUCUGGAUGGGAGAAUUUUGAGGAAAAAAUAUUUUGGAUUAACUAUUUUUUUUAAAAAA